AUGAGCCUAGCUCAUGAAGCCGGCGCCGCCAGCGUAGCGCAUGAAGUCCUCCGACUGGGUUUGGCGUGGCAGUUCGUAUGGCCGUUCCGAGCACUCGAAUGGCCGUCAGAAGGCGAGAUGGAGCCAGUGUUCGCAGCGCGCGCCCGUGCCUGCUGGGGAUCCCAUACUUGUGAUCGAGGAUCCACAACGCUCUCGACUAGCCAGCCCAAACGUCAUGGGCACUGUCCCGGGAGGAAGAGGCGCACCGGGGGAAGAUUCGCAUGUUGUCGUCCCGAUGGAAAGCGCAAUGGCAUCUGUCUUGGAGGCGUGAUGGCGGUAAUGUCAAGAUCACCUUUCUUUCCAAAGGUACCAACACCCCACUUCUUCAUCUCUUUUUCUUUCAGCGUCAAUAGUCUCGAUCACCUCGCGUCUCUGGUGAGUGGCAGCCGACGAGGAGGAUUCAGCAGGUUCGUGACUGACACUGUGGCGACGCUUGGUGCCGCGUGGAGGGUUUGGGAGUUCGUCGGAACUGGGGGAGCGAGGCGCAUCUUGUCAAGGAAGAAUGCCUUCCAAGGAGUCACAUAUAAUGUGCAGUGUGAUCACCCAGGUUGGGAAGGAGAACUGGAUCCCCACACACUCAACGCCCGCUCCGUUCCCCCGCUCUCCCUGUAG